AAAAACUUAUAUGGUUUGUUUUGCAGGUAUGCAACCUUAGUGGACCCUCUUAUGGAUCGAGUGACUGCCUGUCUGCGUGAUCCUCACCCACAGGUCCAUCGCACUGCAUUAACACUCCUCAUCAGCUUACUGCAGGAAGACUACUUGAAACUCAAGGGUUCCUUCUUCUACAGGAUUUUACAAUGCCUGACAGAAAAGGAUGAAGAAAUGCGUGAGAUGGUCAUCUUCUAUAUAACAGAACGUCUACUCAAGCGCUUUCCCAAGAUUCUGUGCCAACAUUUCAUUGAGUGUAUAUUCCACUACAAUUGUUAUGAGGACCAUGAAACUUACAACAGGUUUAGUCAGAGUAACUUGGAGAAAGAGGUUUUCUCCCUGGCUGGCCGUGAACAUAGCCAUGAACGACACAUUAUUUAUCACUUCAUGCUUGACCACAUGCCUGAUGAUCAGCGCUUCAUGACCACCCAACGUCUCUGUCAGGAUGUUCUUGGUGCUGUUGUGGAUGGCCGGAUUAAGCUGAACAAAAGUAGCAUGCCCAUGUUGGAAGACACUCUUACUAUUCUGCGAAGUGAUGAAAUCAAGCUGGCUUCUCUCAAGAGCAGACCUGAGGACACUGACCAACCCACAGAUCAGGCAGAACAGGCUGUUAUGGCAGGAAUGGUCAUAAAGAAGACCAUCAUCUCACAGAUAAAGGAGAGGGGAGGUGACAGGAAGGAGAGGUUUGAGACAAGAUGAAAGAAGGGAGAGAAA